UUCUGUCAGUGCUGGAAAAGCGACGGAACACCAGUGAGUCAGCCAUCAACCCAGACUAGGAAAUGUGACUGCAUUUUGCACAAAAAUAGGGUUACCAAUGUUGGUUCACCCAGUAAUCUAGGUGUCGUAAUCGGCGCAUAUGUGCCCCAAUGCGCGCCCGACGGAGGCUAUGCUAAGAAACAGUGUCACGCGUCGACCGGUCACUGUUGGUGUGUCAACGACUUCGGCGCUCAAAUCGGACAAAAGACUCGCUCAACCGUCACCUGUCGCUAACUAUAGCACAAUUGUUAUCAAAACUAUCAAAUCAUAUAUUUUCUAACUAACGAGUAAAUGGGCUUUAAGGGUGGAAUCAAAAACAAAAGUUGUUUAAAUGACUUUCUAAUAAAUUGCAAAUUCAUUGCAACUUGAAAAAUAAAAUUCUCUUAAAAUAAUGUUAUAUUAAAUUAAUACUGAAUGACCGAUAUAUGUGGUAAAUAUAACUCCGAUUUUAUUGUAUUUGAGUAUAAAUUUUGUAUCAAAUGAUUAAUUGAAUAAAAAAUACAGACAAAGGAUUCGCACAAUAAGUAAAAGUAUAGAAA